AUGAAAACUUAUGAUACAGUCAGAUAAAUCAAGUUCAUUAAUAUUAAAGUGCCUUUUAUUAUUAAGUUUGAAGGAUCAGGACUAAAUAAGUAAGACAUUUAACAUAUCAUUCCGAACUAUAAUAGACUAUCUAACAAAGAUACUAUUUGUAUUAAUUAAAAACAAAUAAUGUAUUUUCUCAAUAAUGUGUGUACAUUAAACUUCAUGAAGAAAUCUAAUUAAUUUAUAUCUGGAAGUGAUGAUAAUUUAAUUAUAAUAUGGUCCAUGAACCAAAGUAAUUAAUGGGUUUGCUAAUAAAAAUUAAAUGAACAUACAAAAGGUAUUUAUUGUUUAGUGUUAAAUAAUAAUGAAGAUUUAAUCAUUUCAGGAAGUUGUGAUAAAACUAUUAAAUUUUGGAUGAACAAGAAUGGAUGGUUAUGCUAAUAGACUAUAACAGAUCAUACUGGCACUAUCUAUGGAUUAAGUUUGAAUUAGCAAUAGAACAAAGUGAUUUCAUGUGGAUAUGAUAAAUAAAUAUUAAUAAUUGAACAAUCAUAAUAGGAUUCUUAAUGGAUUGUAAUCUAAAAGAUAAAAGUUGAAACUAAUGGUUCUAGAUUAUGCUUUAUUAAUGAUAAUGUUUUUACAUUUUAGCCAGAUUCAAGCGAAUAAAUGCAUGUUUAUGAAAUAAAUGAUACAAAUAAAUAGUAUUUAAAGACUAAAGAUGUUCUUGUAAAAUAUAGUAAGGAUGGUUAUUCAUUGUUUCCGUAAUAGCAUAUAAAAUCAAAAUGGCUGCUUGUUAAUAAGAAUGGCAUUUAUGUGAAUUUGAUAAAGACAAAUGAAAAUCAAGAGUUUAGCAUAUAAUAAUCAAUUCAAUUUGGAAGUGCUUAUUUAUUUGGACAUUUGAGUGAUGACGGAUAAUUUUUGAUGACAUGGGAUGAUAUUUCAAAAGAAAUUCAAAUCAGAAAAUAUCAUGAAAUAUGA